AUGCGAUACGAGGAUUGGGAUGUCCUUCUUUUCGAGGAGGGCUCUAGUAUUCCCUCUCGGGAAUUCAAAGUAGCAUGUCAUGUCGUUCAACAUGCGGGUAAGUCAAUGUUUGGGGUGCUCAAGGCCAAGCUAAUCAUCACAGAGGCCAUGGGCUCUGCUCUUCCAACCCUCACCUGUUUUGUCCCUGCCCUCCACGCAGGAGUUCCUUUUCGUCUGUCUAUCCAUUCUUGGAAAGCAUUAAAGGAUUUGAAUGGUGAUCAUAUCCUCAAUAUUAGCAAUUCGAUCCUUGAAACCAGGCUAUUCAUCGAUGGAACUCUCGCUGCUACUACCUCCGCCACCGGCAGCAUUCGCUUCCCGUUGAUCAUAAACAGGCAAGGUCACGAGAGCCUCAAAUUCCCCAUUUUCCAGCAAGAACUGCUCUAUCAACGUCACUGGAGCCCCGCCGACAACCUCGGCCGUAUCAAACUCCUCAUCAAUCAACGCUUUUCCAGCGCUUCCCCGAGCGUUUUGUUCACAGGCAACGUCAACAAGACAGUGGUCUUCUCCUUUCAACAUGCACCCCAACACAUUUUAGAAGGCCUUCAGAUAGCCUGGCCCAACCCAGCCAUGUGGAAUCGUCAACGCCAACCUUCUGCACCAGCUUCUACGGACAGUUCCCAUGCCAGCUCACGGCCGCCACUGUUUGCGCGUCGUGGGCAAGCCGGCCCGGAACAUAUUAGCGGUGCCGCUCUUGGAGCAAUGCCAGUUUCUGGAAACCCUACAUUCGGAUGCCCAAAUACUCCAGUGAACGCGCCAAUGUCACCAUGGAGUUAUGUUCUCGUCCCGCCAGGAAGAGAGGGAUCACCAUAUCUGCUGGCUUCCGAGGUGCAGCCUCGUAGAAACCACGAACGCGCAUGGCCGACUUCUCCAGUUUUCAACGACGCCACGUUUAGGUUGGAUCAGACCCAAAAUGCAUCGCAACAGGUGUACUCCCAGCCGAACAGUGCCCCGAUGUCAUUUGUGCAACCUCAGCUACAUAGUCCUGCGAUUCAAGGGUCGACCGAAUUCGGCCGAGGAACAGCUAGAAAUCCUGCCAGGCUUAUCUUUGCGCCGAAACGCAACAAUCCACAGGAGUCUUUCAACUUGGAUGUUGUUGAGAGGGCGACAAAGAGAGCUCGAGCCAACACUCCAGAGUCUGCAAAGACACUUAACCACGAAGAGGAAAACAUCAGCCCUCACUUUGAUAGCCCUUACGAGUUUAUAAACGUAGCUGAGGAUAUUAUUUGA